AUGAUACUUAACAACUUAAAUAGGUUAGCUAGAUGCUCUUUAGCUGCAAGAAGAAGCCAAAAUAUUUUCCAAAUUGCCAAUCUUAGCUCAACAUAGUAAUUGAGCUAUAAGGGCAAAUUUUUCCAAAGCACCAAAGCACCAGAAUCUGCAUAAUAAGAUGCCAAAUAAGAAGAUCGCUCAACUAUUUCAGUAAAACCCACUUAGUCUUAGCCUAGUGAGAGCUCACCUCGACCCGAGCAAUAGAAAUUUGUUUCAGAUGAGGAGUUAGAAUACUUUAAAAGUCUUAGAAUUUACAAGGAAAAAACCGCCCUUGAAUUGGUUAAUCUUUUUAUGAUCAACAAAUUGCUUCAUUAUUCAGUUUUUGUCAAUAAUGCAGAUCGCCUUUACAAAAUAUCUUGCAAGGUUUUGGGUCAUAGAAUUACUGAAAUUAUUAUUAAAAAUACAAUGGGCAGAGUUUUUACUGGAGGUUCAAAUAUCGAAGAAAUUAUGAGCUUUGCUAAAAAGCUUGAAAGCAGAAAUGUUCCAGUUAUUGUUGAUUACUGUUGUGAAGCACUUGAAGAAGAUCAAAAUGAAUUCUUCAUGGACAAAAGUGUUAAAGUAUUUGAAAAAACAGUUAAUGUUGGCGAUAAUAUUAACAGACACAAAGUUUCAAUGAAAAUUUCUGGUUUAAUUAAUAUGGAAGUUUUGAAAAAAAUAAACAUUUAUGGAGAAGAAAUCGAUAGUUUAUAUGAAUAGAUUGAUAAAACUAAAAAAGGUUUCAUUACUGGCUAAGAAUUGCACUAAGCUUUAGUUGCAAAGGGUUAUCACAUUGAAGAAAGCGAUACUUAGGAAUUUAUCAAAACAGUUUUAGAAAUUUAAGAUGGAAAGUCUCUUUAAGAUACUUAAAUUAGAUAAUUAAUUUGGAGAAUUAGAGUUCAUCCUUACUACAUUUAAUCUGAAAAGAAUUAGCUUAAGAUUUCUAAAUAUUUAACAAAACUCGAUCAACAUGAAAUUAGCAAGGCAGAAAACUUUUUGAGAAGAAUGGAACUUGUUUUUGAUGCAGCUUUUAGAAACAAGACUAGAGUUUUAGUUGAUGCUGAACAAUCUUUCAUUUAGAGAGCUAUUGAUAGUUUCUUGGAAUAAUAUUAGAUUAAAUACAACGUUGAAGCUCCUAUUGUUUACACCACAUUCUAAAACUACUUAAAGUCUAGCUCAAAAAGAAUUGCUUAUGAAAUUGCUAAAUGCAAAGAAUUAAACAUACCUUUUGGAGUUAAGAUGGUUAGAGGUGCAUACAUCAAUGAAGAAACUAGAAUUGCUAAAGAAAAAGGAAUUGAAAACCCAAUUUGUGAUGGUUUAGAUAAAACAACUGAAAUGAUUGAAUCUAAUUUAAAGUUCCUUGUAGAUAACCUUUUACCUGGAUCAGAACUUCUUAUUGGAAGUCAUAACAAAGAUACAAUUGUAAAAAUGAAAUAAUAUAUGAAGUCUAAGGGUAUUCCCAAUAAUUCAUAACAAGUCUAUUUCUCUUAACUUUUAGGAUUAGCAGACCAUUUAACUUACAGUCUUGUUGACGAAGGAUACUCCGUAUAUAAAUAUAUACCUUUUGGUGAAACCCACAUCAUGAUUCCCUACUUAAUAAGAAGAGCUUAGGAAUCAUUCCAAGUCUUAAGCAGUGUUGAAUUCUAAUACAACCUGCUUAAGGAUGAAGUAAAAAGAAGAACUCCUUUUUACUAUUGA